AGAUAUAAAAUUAGGUAUAAUGUAUUCAUUUAAACUUUUUUUACAUGUUUAGUCGAUUUAAAAGUUUCGAUGAAAAGGUUUUCAUAAAUUAUUUAUUAAUUGAGUGAGUAAUGUUAUAAGAGAUGGAUGAGCGAAAUAAUUGUCCCGAUUGGUUAAAAGAAAAUUUUACAAAAGAAGAAGCUUUAAAUUUUUUGAAAAAUCCCGAAAAGCCUCUCUAUUCAUUUCUAAUUACAACCUCAAAAUUAUUUCCCUGGUUAACAUUAUCGAUUAAAUUGGAGCAAUCAAUAAAACAAUACAAAAUUUACAAAGAUUCCGAAGAUUUUUAUUAUUUUUUUGAAACUAAGAAAUUCGAUGAUUUGGAGGAUUUAAUCAAAAAUUAUUCAGAAAAUAAUUGGAAUGAAAUACUUAACCCGAACGAAAAAAUAAAAGAUGAAAAGAUAUAUUGCCAACCUCAAAUCAUUUCGGUUAAGACAGAAAUUUUAAUAGGUGAAAGUGAAGAUGUUAACAAACCCAUUCCUAAAGGAAUUCCUAAAAAUAAUGAAUUAAACGGUGUGUUAAAAAAGAAAUUACUUGAAUUGAAAGAAAAAAAUGAAACUUACGAACAAAGUGAUGAUGAAUCAAUUAUUGAGGAAUAUUGUUCAACAAAUUUAUUAGAAAACAUUAAAAAAAUGAAGAGAGAAGAAGCCGAAGAAUAUUUAUCAAACAAAGAAGUUUAUUCUUAUUUAAUUAGAAUAUCAGAACAAACCGGGAAUAAAUGUUUAACUUUAAAAACAGAAAAUGCUAUACAACAUUUUGUUAUUUAUUCGCACAAGGAACAAUUUUACAUUAAUUACGGAGAAAUGUUUUCUUCAGUAACUGACCUCAUUGAAACGUAUUCAAAAAAUAACUGGAAAAAGUUAUUAAAUUCAAACUGCGAUAUUUACGACUCACAAAAUAAUGAAUAUGAUAGUGCAGACCAUUACCAAUCAUUGGAAGAUUGCACUCAAAAUUACAUGAAAACAUUCACACGAGAAGAAGCCGAAAAGUACUUAUCAAAAUUAAGCGUUUUUAGUUAUUUAGUAAGACCAUCAAGAAAUGGCGACCUUUCGUUAAGUGUAAAACUAAAACACCGCAUUUACCACUACUUAAUCCAUAAAAAGAAAAAUUAUUAUUACAUUUACGAAUGGUCGUUAUUUCCAACCAUAUCUUCAUUAAUAAAAACGUACGCUCAAAAUGAUUUUGAAGAUUUAUUUAAUACACAACCGAAAGGGGAAGUAACCGAAGAGAUUCAUCUUGCGAGGACUUGUAAAGAGAUGACAAAAAUGGAAUUAAUGAAAAAACCUUAUUACAGUUAUGUUCUUCGCGAUUCAUCGAAUUUUAGAGGUUGUAAAUGUCUUUCGGUAAAAUUUCCCGAAAAUGUUCUCCAUUAUAUCAUAUUUUCAAGCGAAAAGGGGUUUUAUAUUUAUAAAUAUGAUCAUUAUACUACCAUUGAGGAAUUAAUUGAGAACUAUUCAAAAAAUCAAUGGGCGAAAUUGCUUGAAAUGAACAAAUUAGAUAAACGAGGAAGUAUCGAAAAAUUGGCGUUCGUCUCUAAAACAAAACUUAAAUCCGGAAAAGAUUACGUUAUGAAUAAAUUGUAUUGUAUGCGAUAUUUUGAGAAAUAAAUAAAAAUUAAAAAGUUUUCAACAAAGAAGAGCCCAACCCAAAGAAGAACCCUUUAAAUUAUAACUUUCAAGUUCCAACUAAAUCCUUUGUAUUCUUCUCAGGAAAAACCUUCCUGUAUACUUGAAGAAAUCCCAGAUAACCGUGGCCUUAGCACAAGAAGCUCGAUGGUGGUGGGAGACAUCAAGAGUUCUUGCCACACGUCGACAUUCGAACGUUUUUCCUACGCGCGGUCGGUUUACUUGUGACUCGAAAACUUUAUCACAUUUUAUGCGUUAGCCGUUUUUAAAGUUUCAAAACAAACAGUGAAUCUUUAUUUGAUUGGAUUAUUUUGUGCUUUACUUACAAACGUUAUUUGUUCCCUUCAAAGUUCUGGUUAACGUUUGUUUACUUGAAAUCAACAG